GCAGCCAGAAGUGCUUCAGGGCAGGCGGCCUUCCGUGCCUGCAUCUAUUCCAUCAGAUACCGCGCGACGUCCUUAAUCUUUCCAAAAAGGACCUCAAUGCCAAUUCAGGGCUUCGAGGGUUUUAUUGACAACUGGAGUCUCAAAGCUUUUGAGAAGAAAUGCAUGUGAAAUGUUUGGAACAUGUUGGCUGCCCAUGACAGGCUCCCUUAGUCCCACUUAAACCAGUGUCUGCACUUCCUUGCAAGUGUAAAGGCGCAUCGCCUGGCACGCCUGGCUCACCUGCUUCUGGAAAAGCUGUCCAGGGCUGCUAAUCUCAAGGUGCUUGCUAGAAAACAAACUGUAUUGCAUUUGGUGGGACUGGGCUGCCAAGAUGCUCUAGAAGUGAAAACUGUAAUUGUGUUGGGAUCACUUUUAAACGUAGCAUGUUAUGGUCAUAAAGAGCCAGUGUGGUGCAGUGGUUAGAGUGCUGGACUAGGAUCUUGGAGGCCAGGGUUCAAAUCCCCACCUGGUCAUGAAGCUCACUGGGUGUGAUCCUGAGCCAGUCACUGCCUCUUAGCUCAACUACCUCACAGGGUUGUUGGGGUUAUGAAAUGAGGGGAAACCCAUGUGCCCAUGUUGAGUUCUUUGGAGAAAAAAGGUGGGAUAUAAAUGCUGAUGAUAAUAAUAAUAAUAAUAAAAAUACUGCAGUUGGGAACUAUUGGCUGCAAUCUUACUCUUACAGAGAUUGGUGGUAAUGGUUUGAGAAUACUUCUGGGUCAGAGCAGAACCAAACUGUGUGCCACUGACAAUUGGGUAGAAUACAACUCACAGAGACUCUUCUUUCCUAUGUAGCAUUCCCCUUUGAUGUAUAUUUGUCUUUGUUUUGGACCCGUGCACUGCUGACCUGAAAUCUUAACUUGCGUCACUGUCUAUACAACAGAGUUCAAAGCCCUUCAUCUCUGGAUAGCUGGCAAAUGCUUUGGCAGCAGCUGUUUCCGAAUGGUCCUACCUUGGAUCCCGAAUGCCUUGUGAGUCGAAUGUUUUGGCUCCUGAACGCUGCAAACCCGCAAGUUGUGAAAGAGCUGUGGAAAUGUUGGUCAUUGGACUUGGAGGUAUAACAAAUGGAGGGAAAACAACUCUGGCAAAAAGGCUUAAGAAACAGCUUCCAAACUGUACUAUACUCUCUCAAGAUGACUAUUUUAAGCCAGAAUCUGAAGUGGCUGUAGAUGACCAAGGAUUUUUGCAGUAUGAUGUACUUGAUGCCCUGCAUAUGGAAAAAAUGGUGGCAGACAUACGCUCUUGGAUGACAAACCUGCAAGACUCUGCAUUGACAAGGCCACUGCAUGAUAAUCAAAAGGGCGUAAAAGACACUCAUGUCUUAAUUGUUGAGGGCUUCCUUCUGUACAACUACAAGCCUCUCAGUGAUAUAUGGAAUAAAAAGUAUUUCAUAACAAUUCCUUAUGAAGAAUGCAAGAAGAGAAGAAGCACACGAAUUUAUAACCCACCAGACCCACCUGGAUACUUCGAUGGACAUGUAUGGCCAAUGUAUCUGAAACAUAAGAGAGAAAUGGAAGAAAACGAAACUGGCAUCGUUUAUCUGGAUGGAACUCAAUCACAGGAAGACCUUUAUUCAAGGCUAUACAAUGAUAUAGCACAAGAACUGGAAAAGUCAAAUGAUCGUGGUGCUAUUGUGCAUGUAUAAAGCCUUGGCCUCGAUGAGAGCAAUAACAAACCUCAUACAUGAAUAUUUUAAUACGUUCUAGCUAAAACAAUGUUUUAAGAAGCUAACUGAAGCCCUUCCAAAGCAGCACUGAACCGAGAGCAUAUGUGACAUUCUCAUGGAUAUGCUUUCCAGCUAGUUUAUUUGGAAUUACUGUUCUCUUGCAAUGGUGCCAUCCAUUUGGAAUCAAAACCCUAAAACUUUCAGAGUGUACUAAGAAUGUUUGGAGAGAAGAGAAAUUACGUAUCGUCUCAUAAAUGCUUUCCUCCAGGUGCUCAACAGUCUCUCCUCCUUGCUUAAUGCAACAGUGAACCUAGACACAUCCACUGUCCUUUUCCUCCAACAUAACAAAGGGGCAAACUUUCUAUUACCCUACCUGCACCUCAGUGUUUUCCACUCUACUCUCCUGAAUGCAUCCUUUGUGAUACAUCUGUUUCUCCAAUGUGAGUGGCAUUGGAAGCUAGGUACCCUUCAGUGGAGCAUCAGGAUACUUUUGUAAGGCUUGGUAACUUAAAUAUAUUUUAGAUAUCUAAAAUCUGCUUGCAGGAAGCUGAUUUUUUUAUUACAAAACAAUCUUGUUUAAUAAAAAAAUUAAUCAAUUCUGAAUUACA